AUGUCCGGACCGAGACCCGUGGUGCUGAGCGGCCCCUCCGGCGCGGGGAAGAGCACGCUGAUGAAGAGGCUGAUGAAUGAGCACGAGGGCAUCUUCGGAUUCAGCGUGUCGCACACGACAAGAAACCCCCGACCAGGAGAGGAAGAUGGAAAAGAUUACCACUUCACAACCAAGGAGGCCAUGCAGGAGGGCAUCGACAACGGAGAGUUCAUAGAAAACGCUGAGUUUUCCGGCAACAUGUAUGGAACAAGUAAAGCCGCCAUACAGGACGUGCUCGCCAGGAACCUAAUGUGCAUCUUAGACGUGGACAUCCAGGGGGUGAAGAGGAUUAAAGAGACCGACCUGAACCCCAUCUACAUCUCCAUCCAGCCUCCCUCCAUGGAGAUCCUGGAGAAGCGUCUGAGGGACAGACAGACAGAGACGGAGGAGAGUUUACAGAAGCGCCUGGAGGCCGCGCGCAUCGACAUGGAGCUCAGUAAUGAGCCCGGAGUGUUUGAUGUGGUUAUCGUCAAUGAUGACUUGGAGAGGGCUUACGAGGAGCUGAAAGAUAUCCUCAGUGACGAAAUCCAAAAGGUUCAGGAGGCUCAGUGAAGACGAGGGGAACCAACACCUCAACAACUCUUCACCCACUUCAUAGACCUUCAUCGUUUCUUUAACCAGGACUCUGGACUGAAGAGUUUGUGUUGCUGCCAAACUCAGAGCUGAAUGAUCCUGAUGAGUAAACAGCAGCAUCAUCAAGAAAAGUUACUUUCAUUUGUUUUGUUGGAUUCUACUGUAGAAAUAAAUGUGCUCUUCGUUAAGUAUAUGAGUUACAACUUAUAUUUAAAUAGUUACUCACAUG